UUUAGGGCUAGCCCUUCACUUUGGUUUUUUCUGUCCAAAAAUUUCGGCUUGGGCGCACAAAAUAGCUCCAAACGUGGGAUACAAAUAGUUUUCCCAAACCUGUGUAGGUCCAAUAGGAAAACGCUAUGGAAGAUUGAUCACCGAGUCGCUGGAUAGGAUUGUGGAUAACGGCGGGGCAAGAUGGCACAGAACGAUAUUACCUCGUAUUUGAAUUUGGAGCGAUUGAACAAGACGCAGAAGCUCAUCCGCCUUUAUCGAUCGAACGAGUGCCUCUGGAAUCCGGAGUCACCUGGAUUCCACAGUGGUUCUGUGAAGGAUGACGCUUGGCGGCGGAUCACCCGCCAAAUGAACUGCGGCUUGACACCUGACCAGGUAAAGCUACAGGUGCUCGGUCUGCGAAACUACUACUCCAAGGAGCUGGCCGCCAUCCGACUUAGUCAACUUAAGGGCUAUAGUUACAGUCCCAGGCACUCGUAUUUCGAGGACUUGCAUUUCCUGGGCAAUGUGGAGGAGGAAGCUAACAGUACCAUUAGGGAUGGAAAUUUACCACCCAAUUUUUCGGAGGACACAUUCAUAUCCCCUGUAGCAUUCUUGAGUCCCUGCUGUAGUAAAACCAAGUGUGGGUACACCUUCUACAAGAUGAUCUUAGAGCCUGAGCCACCAAAUGAAGAGUACUUAGACGGGCAUAGGGAAAGAUCCACUUCAGGCAAUGAUCGCUGGUAUCCCACUACAUACUGUGUACGAUGCAAGCCAGAGGAAGAGGAAAAUCCUUGUGAAGCGUGCGAGCUAAGAGGUCAAAGCAGCCGUCCUUAUUCCGGAAGUAGGAGCUCUUUAGAAGGCAGAGAAACCGGUUUUACCAAACCAAGAAUGUCUAAUCAGUAUCAGGACCAAGAUCCGUUAAAACAAUUCCAAAUACGUGACAGGAGCCAAUAUGGAAGUGAAGCUCCUUGUUCAUGCUACUCGAAAGAGAGUCCAGAAAAGCGGUCUUCACAAACCCAACAAAAUGGUGUGUAUGUGAAUAUUGGCAACUUGGAUGGUGACGAGUCCGUCGGCAAUGGUAUACGCAGCGAUAAGUGGCCAGGUCCAAGACUUUGUUCCCAAAAACGCGGAGAGUGGAAGCCCAGGAUGCGUAAAGUAAUGGCCGAUGACACUCGGAAGCCAGCCUGCUGCAGCUGGAAGCAAAAUAACAAUGCCGUAUGCCGGAGACUUUUGGACCAGUUGGCCAAGCAAAAGAACCAAUCCGACAGUUACCCCGACGAUGGAGAAUCCGUUCGGAAUCGGAACUGCGACUGCACGCAGAAUCGCCGCCAGUCUGGCGAGGAUCAGUUAAACGUGAUGCUGUUGCAGAAAAAGUAUAGGGAUCGGAUUUCGCAGGGCAGCGCAAACAAUCCACCCAACGAUCGAUAUAGCAACACUCAACCGAUGUCGGAUCAGGCUUACUGUAACAACAGCCAUCCAGUUCAAAACUGUUGUUACUGCACUCAUAACCCAGGAAAUCACGACGUUCAGCGCUGCAAUAUCCAUGGAUGCCAGUGCGUACACUGCAAUCAUACUGUAUUUCCCACACAUGGGAACUACUACCAACCGCAGCUUGUCGAUCACAAUCCUGCGAACUAUUCUCGAUCAGCUCCUGCAGGAGCUCCUUGCGAAGAAUCGGUUUACCUGAAUGACUACGGGCGAUGUAUGUACCCGGAGCAACAGCAUGUCUACUGCAUUAAUGCAGAGAAUAUGCCCACAGAUGUGUGGGUACAGGCGCAGUCCUCAGAUGGCCCAAUAAAACCAUCCCAGAUGCCCAUGGUACCGCUUUCAAAGUCUUGGCAUCAGGAAACGGCGGAAACUGGGCCGCUUCAGCCAGCUAAAAACGGCAGUGGUAGAGCAUUUCCACCUCAAGAUCCAGAGAAGAAAUAUUCUUCAAAUGGUAAUGCAAUAGAAAAGCCCGAACAGUCGGGACAGAAUCUUACUUUAAAAGAGCAAAUGGAAUCGAUGCCAGAGGAUAAUGAUCAAGGAGAACGAAACAACGUAGGAAGUUCCCAAAAGAAAAUAAGAUCCUACGAUUCCGGUAAUGACUCCAUUGGUAGCCGGGGAAAUUCCAAUUACGAUCAAAAAAGGAUUCAAAAUGAUCAGCAGCGGAUUUUCCGUGAUACUGACAACGAAAGGAGAUCUCGCAGGGAGCAUCCAGAUCGUCCUGGCCAAAAUAAAUAUAUAUGUGAAGAUGAUAGGUGCCCAGUUAAUAAGCGCCGUCAAAACGAGGAGCGUCCUUUAGAAAGGCGAUCUCGCAAUGAAGAUAGAGAUGUCAGUAACCCUAAAUCUAAUUAUGAAGACUCACCUCCUUCACGACGAAGAAGAAAUAAUAGCCAUGAAUCAAACAAUCAAAAAGUUUUUCAACUUCAAACCGAUGACUCCCAGUUAAUCGCAUGCCCCGCAUAUGAUCGUCGUAAUCCCAAGGAGUGUCCCCAUUUAAAAUGCCCUAGUCCAAGACACCGAGAAGAAGGAAUAGGUCGGCGCUCAAGAAAUCGCGACUACGAGGAAAAUAAUAACCCACCAACCUCCAAGGAAAAGUCGCAGUCUAGAAGGAGCAGUCCUUUGGAAAAUACCUACUAUGAAGAAGAGCAGCAAGGUCCCAGGGAAAGAUCAAAUAGUCAUGGCCGGGAGGAUAAUUUUAGGUCGAAGAGAAAAUCAAAUGAAGAAACUAAAAGAUCCAAAAGAAGAUCCGAUGAACCUUGCAAUGACGAAACGUGUCCAUUUGGGAGCUUUUCUUCUAGGCAAAAUAAAUACCGAUCCGAGCGUCGAUCACGAAAUAGUGGCGAAAGGGAAAACCGUAGACAUGACAAAGGAAUGAAUCCGCGAUCCUACAGAAGAGAUGAUAGAUAUCCAUGCAAUGAUGACACUUGUCCAUUUGCCGAUUCGUUGGAGUUAAAUAUGGCCAUUAGGGAAAGGUCGCGAAAUCGUCGCGAUCAAUCCUAUUCUAAAGAGAAUGGUGAGGAGGAAAAUAAGGAAAGAAGAUAUAGGAGUGAAUCAUCAUCAAGAGGGCGAUCGUGGGAAAACAAUGAUUAUGAAGAUUCCGCGAGAAGCUAUAAAGGGGAAAGCGAUAGAUAUAGGAAACCAAGAAAGGAAGCUCCGGCUGAAAUCGAAGAUCCUGAUUAUGAUUACAACGAACUUGGACCGAGAACAUAUAGAAAUCGCUAUAGUGAUAAUCAACCUGAAUAUCGUUCUUCUGCAGAAAAGUCCAACAAGUAUUCCAGAAGGGAGGACAGAAAUUUACCUCCUAGUAAAUAUACUGAAAGACCUUAUAAAGAUUACCGAACUGAAAAUAGAUACAGAAAUAAUGACAAUACUGUAGAGGAUUGUUAUUGUGACGAUUUUGAAUCUGAUGAAUAUGACGCCCAUAAUGCCUAUGAUGCCUAUCCUAGAAGGGAGAAUGGUAAUCGAAACCGAAAGGUACCAAUGGAGUACAACAGAGCGGAAUCCUCUAGAAGAUCCAAUCGGGACAUGAAGUAUAAUAACUCUGAGAGCGAGGAUAUGUCUUAUAGCAAGUCGGAUGGCAGGAGUACUAAUCAAAAUCGUAAUACAAGCAAUAUCCCUCCGAGAAAGAGUCCAUCGUAUUCCAGAGAAGCUGAUCAGCGCGAUUCAGAGGAUGACUGCUUCUGUAGUGAUGACGAAACCUCCCACGCAAUACCAAAUAGGAGCUCUGGAACGGAUAAAAAUGACCACAGAAUAACAGGUAUUACCAAAAAUGGAAAACAAGAUAGAUCCAAAGGAGCUGAAGCCAUUGAAUCGCGAAAAAAUGAAACAAGGCAUAGUAACAGCGCCCCUGAAUCUCCUCCAUCAAAUGAAAUGAAGAAUCCUGAUGAUUAUGGCAAAGAGAUUAGAAAUAAAAGGCACGACGUAGUUUUCUGUGAAUGCGAGCCGGAAAAGGGUGAAUAUUCCAAAAAGGAUAACAGGGACACCAAUCACGGAGGUAAUGUGAACACGGUCUCUGACGAGGAUUGUAUUUGCAACGAACCCAGUGAUCCAAAUGAACCCAAGUUAACCGUGCCGGAGAAACGAAAUCAGGCUGGCAGUAUAUGCAUAAAUCUAAGCACAUCAGUGGAAGACAAAGGCCAGAAGAAGGAGUCAUUUGGAAGUGGCCACAACUCUGCAAAGCCAUCGAUACCCAAACCAUUGGAUGCCGCAAACAGAUUGAGGGAACGCAAAGAACUGAAGGCAAAGCAAUUAUCUAGCAGUGAAAACCAGUCGGCCUCCGUCAAGAAGAAUCUCCGCCCCAAGACUGGAAUAUCCCCCAGAGUGCAAUCGAGAUCCACCAGUCCUGUUCGCCAAACGGGAGCGUUAAGGACUCAGCCCGGUGAGCCGGUCAAGAGACGAGCGACGACGAGAAAUCCUUCCCAGAACGCCGCCAAGAGAACCAUGGAAACACAUGCAGCUGCCAACAGCAAGUUGCCCUUUGAUCUAAAUUCGGCCGCAUAUUUUAUUUGCAAAUUACAGGAUGAAGGUAACAACCAUCAGUACCUCCUCGUGGUGCCCAAGAAGACGAUUGGACCACCCGAUGGCCACCGGAUGGGCCCAGGACAGGAGUCUGUAAAGCAGCUGCACUGCCCACGGCAGUGCUCCGGCUUUCAGAGCAUGUCCUGGGACGAUUCGACGACCGCGUCCCAAUCCCUCACACCUCCGCAAUCCCAGGCAAGUGGGGGCCUUUCCAUACUGGGCUCCUUUAGGGUUCCACCUGUGCUGGCCAGCACAGCGCUGGGCAUCAUCAAUCAGCAUCUACACAGGAACACCGUGGUUUCGCACCAGCCCGAUGUCAGAGAAGCGUUAUAUCCACCUAAAAGGAUGCGACGCAUCCUACUAACCAGGCCGAUGUCAAGGCCAAGGAGACCUGUACUUCGGCCAUCCCACAAAGCUAAUGCUCCCAUCUUGAACGAGAACAGGACCUUGCUACUCACCAAUAAUUCCUACCGAAACUUGAGCUUUGGCGACCACGAUCGAGAAGUUAUUGUCCUGCAUCCGCCGGAUCCAGCCUUUCGGCCCUCGAAGAACUCCUUCAGCAAGGACGAAGUGGAGGUGCAGCAUAUCACAGUGCCCAACGAAGACACCGAUGUGAAGCCAAUGCCUCCCGCGCCGCCCACGAAACCCAAGAGGACAUCGGUGAUCAAUCCAUAGCUGUAAUGUCCGCACACAUAUUUGCCACCGCUCACAUAAAGAAUAGCACCCAACCGAAGCCGAAGGA